UUGACACCGGUCAGAUUACCUCGGGAAUGCCUACCUCGCUUCAUAUCGAUCGCAAAGGUCAACACCGCACUGAACAAGGAGACCUGUGGGCUCUUGCUCGGCAGAAAGCGUGACAGCAAGUAUGUUGUUACGGCCCUGCUGAUCCCUAAGCAGAGAUCCACGAGCAAUACUUGCAUGGUUGAAGCCAGCGAUCUGGUAAAGAAGUUAACAGAAGAACGGGGGUUCCUGACUAUUGGAUCGAUCCACACACAUCCCUCACAGUCAUGUUUCUUGACUUCGGAGGAUCUACAUACACUAGCAACACUUCAGCGCGUGCUGCCAGAAGCUUUCAUGGUUGUAUGUGCUCCUUCUUCGACCCCGGAUCAUGGCAUCUUUCGCUUGACCGACCCACCAGGCUUACAAACAAUUUUGGACUGCGUCUCCAAAGAGACGUUCCAUCCACAUCCUGAACUUCCGAUAUAUACGGACUGCGACGGUGCUCAUGUGAAACUGCGGGACCUGCCACUUGAGAUACUCGACUUGCGGGUACGUCACGACAACUAA